AUGUCUCCUAGCUUUAUUCUUACUCUCUCGGGCCCUGAUCGCCCAGGUAUCGUCCAUGCCGUGACUGCCUUCCUCGUCCAGCACAACCUGAACAUCGUCGACUCAUCGCAAUUCGGUGACCCCACAUCCAAGAGCUUCUUCAUGCGCACACAAUUCGCUCCCGAUGGAACCACCGACCUCCCCGAACUCGAACAAUUGCGCACUGCCUUCAAGGCCACCGCCGAGUCUUUUUCCUUGAACUACCAAAUCCACCCCACUGCGCAGAAGCCCCGUGUUCUGAUCAUGGUUUCCAAAAUUGGUCACUGCCUGAACGACCUUCUUUUCCGCCAGUCCACUGGCCAAUUGAGCGUUGAAGUUCCUCUCAUCGUCUCCAACCACCCAGAUUUCGCCCCUCUCGCCGCCAGCUACAACAUUCCCUUCCACCACCUGCCUGUGACCGCGGAUACCAAGGCUCAGCAGGAGGGCCAGAUUCUGGAGCUGGCUGCUCAGAACAACAUCGAUUUGAUCGUUCUUGCUCGCUACAUGCAGGUCUUGUCUCCUAAGCUGUGCGAAGCCAUGUCCGGCCGUAUUAUCAACAUCCACCACUCCUUCUUGCCUUCUUUCAAGGGUGCCAGACCCUACCACCAGGCUUAUGACCGUGGUGUGAAGAUCAUCGGUGCCACUGCCCACUUUGUCACCAGCGACCUCGACGAGGGCCCUAUCAUUGAGCAGAAUGUCGUUCGCGUGAGCCACGGCAUGAGCCCCAAGGAGUUGACCCACGCUGGUAGCAACGUCGAGAGCAAUGUUCUCGCUACCGCUGUCAAGUACUUUGCUGAGCGCCGUGUCAUUCUCAAUGGACACAAGACUGUUGUCUUUGACUAA